UGAGAGAUCUUUCUUUGUUGCAAUUUUAAUUCUGUCAAAGGGAAGAAUUUACUCAGUUCCUUUUUUAUGUUGUAAACAAAUUUAGAGCAUCUACCAAGACUGAAAUGAAAAGCAAGUUAUUGCUACAUCCUUACUUUGGAGAGGAAGGAUGUCAAUCCUAUUUCAGAGAGCUUGAUGCAAUGAUAACCACUGCAGAAGUCGUAAUUUGUGGACGCUGAACUUUGAAGUUAAUUACAAUUCUGAAAAUAAAGUAAAAUCUGUGGAAUAAUAAAAUAAAAUAUGGUUGAUUUAUUUCAGAUUAUAUUUUUUGCUGUGUUUUAUGAAAGAUUUGUUGAAGAUAAGUUAAGCCGAUUUGUCGAUUUGUGUUGUGUGAGCAACAUUUCAGUGUUCCUGUUGUCACACAGCUGCUUUGGGUAUUACAUCCAUGGCCGCUCAGUGCAUGGACAUGCAGACACCAAUAUGGAGGAAAUGAAUAUGAACCUAAAGAGAGAAGCAGAAAACCUAUGUAGUCAGAGAGGUUUGCUACCAAACACAGAUGGCCAGACAUUUCAGAUUUCCAUUUCAAGAAAAAUGAGACUGCAGUAUGACAGGAUUCAUGAAACCCUGACAAGAAGACGUGGUCCUGCUAGGUUUUUGGACUCAUCUGCAAAUACUUUUGAACAGAGCACAAGGGCAUACAACACCAUGAACAAAUUCCUCAGUUCUUUUAUUGAUCACGUUCAUAAAGAAAUGGAUUAUAUUGUCAAAGAUAAGUUGCUGCUUGAGCGGAUUCUAGGCAUGGAGUUCAUGGAACCAAUCGACAAAAGUAUUUUCUACAAUGAUGAAGGACACUCUUUCAGUGAAGUUCUGUAUUACGGCAAUGAGACGACGCUGCUCAUCUUUGAUAUCCUGUUUUUCUCUGUUGUGGAUCUGGCUACCCAAAGUUUUGUUUUAGCGGCUAUUCUAACGUAUUUGCAACAGGAGAUUUUUAGGUUCAUUCGUAAUACAGUUGGACAGAAGAAUUUGACGUCUAAAACUUUGGUGGAUGAAAGAUUUCUCAUUUAAUUAAGAAGACUGCAGACCUUGAGCACUUAAUGGAGGAGAUUGUGUCCGGGACCAAAGCAUCUCAGACCUACAGAUUAACUGCAGUGCACUUUUCAGUAAUAAUGAGAUGGUUUUGAAAUGCAUCAUUUUGAUACUGUCUGGUAUUCAUUCUUAUUUUUGGUAUAUUUACAGAUGCUUUUGAAGUUGUGAACACUAAACUGUAGGCCUUUAAAAGAAAAGGUACAUGGAAAUAAGACUAGAAUAAACAUAAUUUUGUUAUUAUUAGAGUAAGAUUUAAAAAAAAAUGGCUUUUCCUAAGACAUGGAGAGCUGACUGAGGCAGUAAUUUGAGCAUUGCAGUUGACAGUUUGGAUGUCAACUGUUAGAUUUUCUGAAAAUCCCUUAAAUUUUUUCUUGCCUCCUUUUUUUUUCUUUCUUUCCUCCUUUCUUCUAAUUUGUUUUGAGACAUAAUGUUUAGCAACCAUACUUCAGUUUUGUUCGGUCCAGAAUUUGUUCUGAAUUGAAUUAAUAUUUCAAGAGGACUAUUUAAAAUCACUUACUCACUGUGUUUCCUACUUGAAUUUUUAACUUUUCUUCAUUGUCUUAUUAGUGUACGAUUCUAUCUGUUCUCUUCAAGUUUAGCAGUUAUUGUUUUUCUCGGCUGUAGACUAUAUGUGUCAAAGUUUCCCUGUGUUUGAGAUACAGUAGCAUUCCAGUGAUGCAGGACAGCAGUCUAAUCAUAAUUGCAGAGAGAUGUUUAUAGGUACUUUGGAUUCAGUCCUGAUCUUCUCUCACCUGAUGUGAGACGCCCAGGAAAACAGAGCAGUAAUUCUAUGCAGUUUCCACACAAGUGAAAAAGAAGCAUUAUUCCUGUCUUUUUGAAGCAUUUUCACAAGUGCCUACAUAUGAUUGUGUGCUUCUGGCUGUCUGAUUUUUGGGCUUUGAUAUCAUUUUACUUUCAUUGUUAUUUUGGAAUGUAGAGAAGGUAAUAAUUAUUCUAGUGCCAUGUAGUGAGUGUUAAGGGAGAUCACGAAUGGCCUUUGAAACACCUUGAGGUGCGGUGUCUCCCUCCCAUUUCUAUCUCUGAGAAGUUUCCAUACUUUUGUAAAGUUCACUGGUUUUUAAAACUGUUACUUAUCUUUGAAUAACAACGAGAGACUUUCACCAGCAGAAACACUAGAAAAAUGUAAACCAAGGAUAGUGUGUUUGCUCCAAUCACAGAUGAAGGAUGUGUUUGCACCCUGCAGGUCUGGAAUGCAGACACACUUAUCUGAGCUGAAGCAGCACUGUACUGUUUUUCACUUGUUUCUUCGCUUCAUGAAGAGGAAGGAGGGUGUUGUGUUGAUACCACAUCAUAUCUCAGUUUUAAACUUUCAGGGAUACAGACUUAAAUCUCAGGGUCACAGAUGCUCUAAUGCUUUUGCUUAAUAAUUACAUCUAAUACAGGUUCCAGAUCUUGCAGGUCAUACUGAAAUGGUGAUGUACCAGAGGGUCAAUGUGACUGAAAGAUGUAGAAAGUGGCUGUGAUGUGUAGGUGAGGAAGUAGACUACAGCUGAUUCUGAUGGAGGUCUUCCUGUCACUUUCCAGCAAUGUAACUGUGCAUCACUCUCAGUGAUAACAGCAGCUUUUUCUCUGUGCAGAUUCUGAUGACGUGUUCGUAGUCACAAAGUUAUUUCAGGGAAUGGAACCAAACUCCAAACAUGUGUCUUCCAGAAUGUUCUGAUUUAUGACUGACUUCAGUCAGACUAAGUGUAGGAAUCAGACUCUGGUAAAGUAGGGAGUGUCUGCAAAUAAACUGAAGGUGUGAUUGUGCCAUCUGUAGCCCUGUAACUAAUUUAGUUAGUCUGCUAACAGCACAAGGGAAGGUACAGCUUCAUGUCAGUUCUCACUCUAUACCCAAUUUUCAGUGCUUUUGCUCAGCUGGUUCCUUUCUAUGCAAAAAUUGUGCUUUCACUUUUCCUUAGAUAUGCCUUUAACUACCCACUGCUCAGAAGGGCAUGUGAAAGCUUUAAUGGCCUUGCAGUUUGAAGGACCUACUGCUAAAGGCAACUCUUGUUACAGAUAAGUAAUAAAUUAAUGUGGACUUGUCCUGUCAUAACAGUUCAGUCACUUGUCCUCCUUUUUCUCCUCAAUGCACACACUACUGCGUGUUUUAUCUUUCCAGGCCAUUUAUCUAAGAUGCUAGUGUAACUAACACUGCUGCUGUAUGUGAUCUAGGAAAUAAUUACAGGAGACAAAAGCUCCAGGAAUUCAUAGCAGCUUUUCUUCAUUCUUGCUGUGUAGUGAGCGCUUGAACUGGGUUGGCUGCCCUCUGAUCUCCUAUGGGUUCAAGAAAUAGCUCAUCGUUGUAUUUCCAAUUUUGUUUUCUACUUUUUUAAAUUAGUAUGCAGCUGCAGGAUGUCAUUUAUGUAUUGAAUGUUUUUUAACUUUAUAAAUGUUUUAAUUAAAGGAAUUUCCAAGGA